AUGAGGACGAUCCGGAGCAGGCCUGCGAGCAAGUGCGCCUGCCCGGGAGUGUUUAGAGGAGGCGGGGCUCGGUUCCUCGGGUAGUUUCUGGACCGAAUUCUGGAUCGUGUUGAGGGCAGGUGUUAGAGGCAACUUAGACCUAAGUGUGGAGGCACAACUCGCUUGCCGUGGUUGGGAAGCCACACUGGUUGGGGUUCUGCGUGCCGAGAGGCACGGUUCGCUAUGGGGGAGGUGGAGAUUUCCGCCCGGGCCUACGGGAAGAUGUGCCUGCACGCCUCCCGGUACCCAUACGCUGCUGUCAACGGGUUGUUGCUGGCUCCCGCGCCGCGGUCGGGAGAAUGCCUCUGCCUCACCGACUGUGUGCCCCUCUUCCACAGCCACCUGGCCCUUUCCGUCAUGCUGGAGGUUGCGCUCAAUCAGGUGGAUGUGUGGGGUGCACAGGCCGGUCUGGUAGUAGCUGGGUACUACCACGCCAAUGCAGCUUUGGACGAUCAGAGCAGAAUCUGAGCACGUUUCCCACAGCGUUCAAGCAUCAAGCAGUCGUGCAUCAAGCAGGCCCCACACUCCCAGGACAGCUGCGGGGGAAAGGCUACAGCUGUGCGCAUCUGUGAGACCUGGGAGGAGACCUGGGUCUGCCCUCAGUUGGCUCCUCACUCCUCUGAUCUUCCCCCUACACAGCCCCGGGAUUCUGGCCUUGAAAAUCGCCGGGCGAAUUGCAGAAUUCUUCCCUGAUGCAGUGCUUAUUAUGCUGGAUAAUAAGAAAUUGGUGACUCGGCCUCGUGUACCUCCAGUCAUUGUCCUGGAGAACCAAGGUCUUCGAUGGGUGCCCAAGGACAAGAACUUAGUGAUGUGGAGAGACUGGGAAGAGUCAAGACAGAUGGUGGGAGCUCUGCUGGAGGGCCAGGCCCACCACCACCUUGUGGACUUUGACUGCCAUCUUGAUGACAUUCGGCAGGACUGGACCAACCAGCAGCUUAACACUCAGAUCUCCCAGUGGAGCGGUCCCACCAGUGGAAAUGCCUGAACCAGAGGGUCAGAGUACAAUAAAGAGAUAGGCUGCUGGGCAA